AUAACUAAAGCAAAAUUAAAUAGUUUUAUUUAACCCAUUUUUGACGAUAGCAAAUUAGUUCGCACCCAUCGCGGCCCCAUCAUACCUGUCACACCGUGUCAAUGACUCUGGCAUUAUAUUCCAAUAUUUUCAUGUUGUCACUUACGGCUAAUAAUUUUGUGAUGUGGAGUGUGAAAUGGAAUCAGAUUUUUUAAUAUUUACUGCCAGGCAUAUCGUGGAAUAUGAUAAUGUCUAAGAAAUCGACUAUUUAUUAUUUUAUUGGGCGUUAUGAUGCGAAGAACGCGUAUACUCGAGCCGAGAUCAAGCGUGUCGCCGCCAGCUUGGAUACGCUUUCAAACUAACGAUAACACAAAACUUACGGCUAAUAAUGCUAGACUUUGGAAAGCUAAAUUGAAUCAAAACUUUUAGGAUUUAAUACAAGCUACAUAGAGGAAUAUUACAUUGUCGAAGAUUUCAACUAUCUAUUUUUAUUUUCGACGCAAUGAAGCAAAGAAGAUGACCAUUCUUGCAAUAUAUCCAAAGAAAGGCAGAAAUGUUUAAUUGCCGAAAGCGAUGAAGUGACCGUCAUUUGGGUUGAUGCUAUACAAUGAAAUUGUGGAACAUUCUCAUUCGGGGUGUUAUUUUGUGUUGCCUCUUGGGUUACGUGCUUUAGAAAAGUUAACAAAAAUAAUUGAUGAAGAAAUGCAGAUGAUAGGUGGAGAAAAAAUAGCAGUACCCACUCUAUCGCCAUGCGAGUUGUGGAAGAAAUCCGGUCGCUGGCAAUCAACUGGACCUGAAUUAUUUAAACUUGAAGAUCGACAUGGUCAAAUGUACUGCUUAGGACCAACACAUGAAGAAUCAGUCACCAAGUUUUUGGCAUCUUUAUCACUGUCAUAUAAGAGACUACCUAUUCGUGUUUAUCAGAUUUCAAGAAAAUUUAGAGAUGAAAUAAAACCAAAAAAUGCCCUAUUAAGAGGAAGAGAAUUUGAAAUGAAAGAUAUGUAUACAUUUGAUAUAGAUGAGAAUUCUGCUACAGAAACCUAUCAUACUGUUUGUCAUGCAUAUAGUCAAAUAUUUAAUAGAUUAAAUCUACCAUAUAUAAAAGUUGAAGGUGAUACAGGAAAUAUAGGUGGUCAGUUAUCUCAUGAAUAUCAUUUUCAAUCUACAGUUGGUGAAGAUACGUUACUUACAUGCAAUAAGUGUUCAUUUAAAUCUAAUAAAGAACUUGUAGGCGAUAAAGAAAGAAGUAGUUUUUGUUCAUUAUCUGAAAAAGAAUGUGAGUUAAAAGAGUCUGCUGGUAUAGAGAUUGGUCAUACAUUUUUAUUAGGAACAAAAUAUUCAUCAGUGUUUAAUUCAACUUAUUUUGAUAAAGAUGGUAAAACAAGGUUAACACAGAUGGGAUGUUAUGGUAUAGGUAUAUCUAGAUUAUUACAGGCUUCUAUAGAAGUUUUAUCAACAGAUAAACAAAUUAAAUGGCCACAACUUAUAGCACCAUAUCAAAUCUGUAUUAUACCACAAAUGAGUGGAUUUAAAUCAGAAGAAUUUUUUAAAUUAGCAGAAGAUAUGAGUGAUGAUUUGAAUACACUGCAUUAUUUAAAUAGAGAAAUUGUGAUAGAUGAUAGAAUACACAUGACAAUAGGAAAGAGAUUAUAUGAAGCCAAGAGAAUAGGCUAUCCCCAUAUUAUUAUCAUUGGUGAAAAGGCCUUAGAGAAUCCUGCAAUAUUUGAAAUCAUUGAUACAUUCUUAGAUAAAGAACCUGAAUUUCUAACUUUAGAAGAACUUAGAGACAAAUUAUCUACUAUUAUAACAAUUUAAUUAAUUACUUGAUAAUAAAAUUCAGUUUUA